UUAUGAUGGCUCCAUAUUUACAGGUUAUGGCCAAUUUGGGACAAUAAUUCGCUGUUCAUGAGCGCUGCAAGCAAAAAUCCAAUGUUUUAAAUAGUCGAUUAAUUACUCAAGAUAGCGAAGAGUGUUGUCUGACUAUAAGUUAUUGCAUAAAAUGGAAGGUGUUGGCAUUACUGUGGUGAACACAUUGACAAUGUCCGGAAGAUCAAAUCCAAAUUCAGUUUCAAGAUGGUGGACUGUGAUACUGUUGGGUGCUAUGUUUUUGUGUGGAGAGGGCUUCGGUGACGAAUUCUCUACGGAAUUGCAGAGUUAUUAUACUGCCUGGGUGAAUAUUACUUUUAAAGACGUGAAAACUGGCAGAAUUAUAACUGAGCGGGGCGAGAUCGGACGCUACGGAACCAAUAGUAAAAUUGCUGCGGAGAGCGGUGUCGUCGUUCAUGUGCGCCAUGGACCCGGUGGAAAUACUACAAAUGGAUGCGCUCGACCAGAAAAUGCGAUCCCCAACGAGAAGUGGGUUGCACUCGUUCAGAGAGGGACAUGUAAAUUUCAUGAGAAAAUCCACAACGUUGCCAAGAAGCGAAAUGCGUCGGCAGUUAUUAUCUAUGAUUAUGAGGAUGGUAAUGAUCUGAUUACGAUGGAGCAUGACGGCCUGCCCGUGGAUUACAGAGGUGUCGACGACGUCGUUUCAAUAUUCAUCAGUAAAAAGUACGGCGAACGAAUCGCACAGCUUGUCGAAAACAAGACAAAAGUCAUGGUGUAUAUCACGGUCGGGACGCACACCACUCACCAUUUUACAAGCAUAAACAAGACUUCUGUUUUGUUUGUUUCGAUAUCGUUUAUCGUGCUGAUGAUCAUAUCAUUAGCGUGGCUCGUCUUUUACUACAUACAGCGGUUUCGAUACGCUCACGCUAAAGAGAGACUUUCACGACGGUUAGCCAACGCAGCAAAGAAAGCUAUCACGAAAAUUCCACUGCGGACAAUUAAAUGUGGCGAUAAGGAGACGCAGUCGGACUUUGAUCAGUGUGCGGUUUGUAUUGAAGGUUACAAACAAGCUGAGGUGGUGAGAAUAUUGCCCUGCAAGCAUGUUUUCCACAAAUCAUGUGUGGAUCCAUGGCUGCUUGAACAACGAAGUUGUCCAAUGUGUAAAAUGGACAUUUUAAAAGCAUAUGGUUUCCAUAUUAGCGGGAGUCAAGAAAGUGUCGCAAAUCCUGACAGUGGUAACCAAGGGGACAUCGAGAUCCCCAAUAGUCCAGCUCUGGUGGAAAACACCGCUGUGCAUAUAUUUCCCACCAACGAUCACGAUAUGCGCCCAUGCAAUGGACAUAGUGUACAAGUGUUACAUCUGCAGCCACCAGAUAUUGAGUGCCAUACUGAAACAGAUCGGACUGCGCGUAACCAUAGUAGUAAUUGUAUUGCUCUUGUGGAGCCAGACGUUUCUGAGGGCUCGCGUUCUAGUGAUUCGGACUAUAAUGAGCGUCACUCAUUGAUGGAGGCGUCGAGACGGGAGAUUGAGCAGGAGACGUGCGGAAUCUAAUCUAAUUGGUGUCAUGUGAUUGCUUUGUGUUUCUAUGAUUGACAUGAUAGAUGCUGUCGGAAAUUCACCUUGAAUGUAAAUGUUUUGGCAACUUUGAGAAGGCUUUGACGUGAAUAGUAGCAGAGAUUUCAACGGGGUGUUUGGCAAAAAUGUGACUUGGCUGUUUUUUGCAAGAAACUGCCGGUUGGAUUUUUUGGUACAUUCUGCAGCACUUUUUUCAAUGUGUCUAUUCAGCAUGAGAGUUGAAAGUAUGUAUUUUGACAAAUGCCUGUGCUGUAAGAUGUACAAUUUUGAUAUUGAGUGUUGAUCUAAUUCUAAUGUGUCCAAGGAAAGAGCAAAUUUAAUUUGUACAUCUUCCUUGGUUAUGUUGAGGCUGAGUACAAUGUAUCUCCACCCAACAGAGGACAAUGGUUUAAAAUAUGCCCCAGGCUUGAACAGUAGUCAAUGAUCGACCGAUUUGGAUUUCGUGCAUGACAAUAUUAUUCUUUGUGCAGUUCAUCAUCGCCAUUUUUUUAUUGCUUACUGUAAAAUGCAUUAGGCUUGCCAUUCUUCAGAGAAACACUCAUGUAUUCAUAAUGUGCUGGUGCAAUCUGGCAGCACAUAUGAACUUUCAGUCCAUGCUGACAAAUGACCUACAUUUACCUUCCGCACAAAUUCUAAUAAUAAUGAGUUCCUGAAAAUCUUGUAAUACAAUGUAAUUUAUAUAGCGCUUUAUAUGUAUGAUACAGUAGAACCUCCAUUUUGCAGACACCUCUCUAUUUAGGACAACCUCUCUAUCAAGGACACCAGUUUUGAUCCCAAAUUUCUUUUUUCAUUCAAUUUGACCUCUCUAAUCAGGACACCUCUCUAUGAAGGACAGCAUUUGUCAGUCCUGAUGGUGUCCUUAAUAGGGAGGUUCUACUGUACUAUACUGUCUUCGAGCGCUUUACAAUCACAAACAUUACUACCCAGCCUAUUCAGAAACCUUUCUGGAGAACCAAGGGCAACCAGAAUCUUUUUAAGUACACACACAAACAUUUUGAGAGAUGGGAGUUGCGUAGUGGCACCAGUCUGGGAAACCCGGGACCUCCUGAGUGUUUACUGAAAAAGCAACGGUUUUAACCCUUCCUGUAUUCUGGUUGCUGGUCUAGUUUUCUGGGCGAGGCAGUUCCAACUGACACAUUUCUGGUAUCGAUCCAUUACAUCACCUAAAGCAUGAACAUCAUAGCUGUUUCCUUGUAGUGUAUUUGAAUAUUUCAUGUGUUCCGUCACAUGGAAAGUCAGUAUUACUACAUGUAUCAUUGAGAAUUUCUUACGUAGGGACUCGAAUUUUUCUGAUGGUGUUCAGUGUUGUGCUCUUUCUAGCUUGGACUGGUUUCUUCUGCUGUGAAUACUAUGGACAAGUGUGAGACGUUUACAGUGCUAUACACACAGGAAGAACAGUCCAAUUGCCACAAAGCUUUGUAAUUGAGGUUGGACAGGUGUACCUGUACUGCCACUGGUGUGUAGCUGAUACAGAAAUGUGCUCAAGUGGUACUGACAUGUCCUACGAUUACGAAAGAAUACUUGUACGAUCAAUGGACGCUUCUUCCAGCAUGUAUAGCACUGUACACGUUGCGAGGAGUGGGAUGAUGAGGUGUUUUAAAGUGUUUAAGAGUAAGUAUCAGAGGUUGCACUGCUCUUCGUAAUACUGUUACCACAGUGAGAAUUUAAAAUGACCGAGAAACUUCUGCGUGGAUAUAUCGUGUCGUAUGUGGCUACUAUGGGCCCAUUUAUGUUUGACUGGCCAUUUCCGCCGAAAAAAACUGCACUGGUCCAUGAAGGCGGCCAUUUACAUGGUAUGACAUCACUAGAUUGUAUAUUACAUCAUAACGACAUCUGUAGCAACAAAGUGCGUCAUUUUUGCCGGUGCCCGACCAUUGAGUGAAUGAAAUUAUCUUUUAAAUUGCGCCUUUCCCACUGAAUACAAUGUUCCGAGCGCUCACACUCCAAAAUGCCCUCGAAAGAGAAGAGUUUUCAAGCUUUUUCGGAAAAUGUUGAGAGUCAGUUUCUGCCCUAAGGUUGUGACUCAGUGAGUUCCACAUUCGAGGGGCAUGCACUGAGAAUGCCCUUGCCCCAAAGGUUACCAGCCUGCUGUGCCUCAGAACGGAGUGAUCAGGAAGGAGUGUAGGGCACAUGAACAAGUAGUCAUGAUUUUGACUCUCAGAAUACUGCUGUAGCAUUGUGUCGCAUCAAAAGAAAAUCGAUUUUUUAAAAGUUACAUGUUAUAUGUUGUUGAAAAAACCAAACCAUUUCACUUUUUGCAAAUGUUCUAGAAAAUUAUGUGCUAAUCACUUGGUGAUCCUUGCGAACACAUGCUGGAUUAUACAUCCACUCUAAAGGGACAACUUGGGCAUGAGAUACGUUGGUUUUCCAUUCAAAAAUGGCUUCUGGCAGGACCGUGGAUUAUUGAAAAGUCAAUGAACUGCGAUAACCAAUGCACUAGAACGGAGGGGGGGGGGGGGGGGGGGGGUAAUCAUAGACCUGCUUGAAACAAAAAUCAUGAUUAGAAAUCAGCAUUAGUGUGAUACUACAGCUGGCAAGCAGGGUCACUGUCCUCCUGGCCAGGUGAAUACCAUGCCCAAGUUGUCCCAUUAACCUUUUGGGUGUCUUAUAGACGUACGACGGACAUCCACUUUUGGAAAUUGAUGUGCCAUGAUAGACGUUCGACCUACAUCUACAUUUCAUGGAUCUACAUGUAGUGUGCCAAGGUUUAUCGUUAUUCCCAUUGAUUUGGACGUUCCACGUAUAUCCGUAGGGAGGUGCCCUGAGGGUCUGGGGGUUGGAGCUGGCCUGUGAUUGUAAUCAUGCUGUUUUACUGUCAGGGCCUACUGCAUCUAGCAGCACUAGCCAAAGGCCAAAUAUGUAUGGUUUAUAGUGUUUAUUUACAACAUAAUUUCCUUAAAAAGCCUCGGCACAGGGGUAACAUAAGCGGCCGGCACCCAAAGGGUUAAUACUCUAGUCUCGGCUUUUUAUGGUGGGUUCAUUAUCUCCACGGCCUACCGCCUACACAGUGGUGAUUUGUAAUGGAAGACCACCUCCACCAUAUGAAUGGCUGAACGUCUGUCAUUCACAUUUGAAUCGUGUGACUGCUGGCAUGGGACGCGGUCCUUGUGAAAUUGAUUGAGCCACAGGGAAAGUUAUGGUUCAUUACAUCCAAUCUUUUAAUGUUCAAUGUAUGACCGAAAUUGAUACAGUUUGUAAUAUUGAAAGUUUUACUUCACACUGCUAUUACGAUAAAUAAAAGUAAUGCUAUAAUGCAGGGUGUCGCAAAAGAAAUGCGCGAAUUUUACAUUCUGAGUAUGAACCAUAAACUGCCUGGGUGUCUAAAUUUUCCUUAAAAUUGCAACGUUUGGUGCAUUUUUCUCUAAACAUAGGAAAUGACUACAGUCUCAAUUCAGAACUUUUCGCAUCGAGGUAAACAAGAAAUGAGAUAGAUAGAUAGAUCCAGGGGGAUGAUUGGGGAACCUGUUUACACGUUUCAACACAGGCCAUUUUUUUCUAAACACGUCAAACGUCGCUAAGGACAAAAGCCAACGUGAACCUUAUUACCGAUAGAUUGCUAAGAUGUGCAGUACGUCACUCGGUAAUGUACACAGUAAGCACAUGCAGCGACGAUAUUGUAUAACGGCCGAAAACAACAAUGGUUUUUCCUCUUGCCAAUGUGACUGACGUCAUGACAUAAGUCGACGUCAUGGAUCUGCUUAGAUAUUCAGGCUUCUGUCUGGGUCAAAAUUAGUUACCCACCAUAAAUCGGCUUCAUGGCGCUUAUUUACCCAUCAAAUUCUUAUCUAAAAACUUCCACAAAAUCAAAUUCAGAUUUGGGAAACCUGCAUUCAGUAGUAUUUUUCUGCAUUUCAUUGCAGCAAAACAUGGUAGUUCUGUUGAAAUACCACUGAAUGCAGGUUUAAAAAUCAGAGAUUAUUAUGGGGAAGUUUUUAGAGAUUUGUUGGGUAAAUAAGUGCCACGAAGGUGAUUUAUGGUGGACAACUAAUGUUGACACAGACAGUACAAAGACACAGUCCGUGUUCUCUCGCAUCCUGCAGAGCACUAUAGGCCUGAUCCACUUCAUCAUCUAGCAUGGCCAUGAACUCAAUUCCAUCUGCAUGUUCUUCGUCAAGUUGUGGAAGUGGUCCAGCCUCGACCUGGCCUUGGCGUCAAGCUGCCUCGAAUCCAUUUUCGAUAACCUGGUGACUCAUGGCACCACAGGCACAGGCAUUGCUCACAAUGUUGACAACAAACAAUUCAAAAAACCACCCCAGACCCAAUUUUGGAAAUACCAUUGACACUGGAACUUCGGAACUGCUCAUAGGUCAGAUCUCUUUCAUAGGAGCGAUUCAACAAACUGCCUGAGUGUUUAGCAUAACCGCGAAAUUGACCAUAGCACACUUCGGAAUUGCUCCGCCAUCUGAUUGGCCGUUUCAUCACAAAAGCGGUGAGUAACCAUGCUCUACGUAGUUUGUGAAGGGGAAUGGCCUGCAUAUUGCAAACCCACCAUAAAAAGUUGAGACUAGAGUAUCCUCACAAUUCAUAAAAAAUGGCAUAUGUAUAAAUGAAUUUAAAAAUUAUUGAAUUAAUCAUGUUUAUGUAUAGGAUACUCCCUUCGAUACGAGAUUGCAAUUAUUGUCACUUUACAUAUUGUUACUUUGCAAUUCUGAUGCCAUACAUCUCUAAUUCAGGGAUCUGAAUUGGGUGUAUGACAGAAUAGUCACAAUGAUUGGCUACAAGCAAAAAUAUGUCGAGAGAGGUUAUAUUUUUUUGCUUCUGGUACGAAAGUGUCCAUGCAUGGAUCAUUGAUGGGCGCAUGUAAUAGAUACGACCAUUGGUUCCAUCCAUGGGUCUAUGAUGGGGGUUCUCCAUCAUCUAUCCAGGGAUGGAACGUUGAAGAUUAAUCCCCAUCAUAGAUUGAUUCAUGGCCAUUUUUGCCUGUGUGAUGGCAAUGCUCAAUCUUCAGCUUGAUCAGGUUAAUAAUAGUUGGGCAGAAUUUUCCUGACUUUUGUACAUCAUUGUUAAGUAAGAAAUUGAUAAUCCACAAGCUUUGGCAAAGUUACGACGCUCUUGCAGAUCUUGGCUAUAUUAGAUGCCUCUUUAUGUUAACUGGUAGUAUUGAGAUAUCUGUCAUAUGUGACCCAUCACGGCAAAACCAAGCGCAUGUCGCACAGAAGAUGAGCCUAAAUGACACCAGGAGAUAAUGGAAGAAAUUGAUGUGCUCAUAUUUCACAAAAGGCAGACAACAGAGAAAUGAAGAAACAGUCCGUUUCAACCUGCCAAGCUCAGAGCGACAUGUGUCUAACUUUGCUGUACUGGGUCACAUAUGUCUUUAUAUGAUUACCAUAGAUCACAGAAAUGUGCAACUCAUGUCUUGUACAAAUGUAUGCCGAGUAGAUCGAUAUCCUGACAGCGUUCAGAUCCUGAGACUGAUAUCUACAGUGGAACCUAGCGGACACCUCUAUGUAUGCAAGUAUCAACGUGUGUCUUAUACCCACCCCCCAUAAGGGGUCGACACCUCUUCACUAUCUUAAAGAUUCUUAUGUGUAAGCAUCCCCACUUCUUCACAUGCAUUUCUCUUCAAAACGUCAAAGCAACGACAUACCAGGAGAUUGAGAACAAGGCAUCACACCGGUGUCUACUUAUGUAGUAUAUCUUUGCUUCAAAGCUGUUCAACAUGCUAUCACCACAUAUGAUUUGUAUUGAAUAAUGAUUAUUGAUGGUGUUUUUCCUGGACGGGGGUCUUUUUUCAGUGCAUGUUUCAGUUAGUCCUGAAUGAUGUGUAGAAAAGUCAUGCCUAACAUGACCUGUUUACCUCCCGCUUGAAAGCGUGCACCUCCGCACUGUGAACAGGUGCUUGUUGACCCUUAUGGGGGAGGGCAUAAGGUGCACCUUGAUACUUGCAUAAGGACAACCUCUCUAUUAAGGACACGAGUUUUGGUCCCAAAUGGGUUGUUUCCAUUUAUUUUGACCUCUAAUCAGGACAUCUCUCUAUUAAGGACAGCACUUGUCCGUCCUGAGAGUGUCCUUAAUAGAGAGGUUCUGCUGUACAUGAAUCUUAUGAAAAAUCGCACUGGAAUAAAUCUUCAGUGGUGCAUUGUUUUCUCGAUGUUGUGUUACGGUCUAACCAGUCAUUUGUAUAAAAUAAUAUCAAGACACGAAUUGGGCUCUGGACACUGCUGCCUGUCCAGAAAUAUAUUGUCUUCAAAGAAUUCAUAGGAAUUUGGACUAUUGUUAUGUGUAUUUAUGCAACGGUCAAUGCAAGUCCUGUGAAACGGAACCCUAGUCAGGUUGUCAAUUCUACUUCAGUGUAGAAAUAGGGUUCAGAUCUUAUCACAAUAUUACUUCUACCCAUCAAAGUCCUGUUGAUAAGAUUGAGAAUAAUAUUCAGUAGUGUCAACUUCUACUUAUCAAUUCUGCUAUUUUCGUAGAAGGUUACAGUUGAAACCACCCUAGCAGACACCUCUCUAUUAAGGACACUCCUCUAUUAAGGACACCUCACUAUUCAGGACACCUUUCUAUUAAAGACACCUUCUGUUUCUAGUUCAGCAGUUUAUUGACUGAAGAUGCUCCCCCCACAACAAAAAUGCACCAGUCAGAAAUGAAAAAUGCUCUGAGAAUUUCUUCUAAGAAGUCUAUAUCACUAAAUUUUGUAUGACAGCUUCUGUAUGCGUUAUUGAAUAAACUGGAAGGUAUCCAGGAGAUAUGUUCCUGUAAGCCAACAGCUAUCGUUAUUGAUUCAGAGUAGAUUAAUGGUACAAAAUAUGAUCAGAUGCGCAAACAAUAAUACUCUAAACACGUUUCCUGUGACAUUCAUGAAUUUCUGGAGCAGAUUGUAAAUAAAUUUUCUAAUCAUGUUGAUGAAAUUGUAGUUUAUAUGGUACAGAUAGUUGAAUUGUACAUUGUACAUGUAGUAAAGUUGACCUGAGGUGUAGAAGAUAAAAGAUACUUGUAUCACUUAUAUCAUUGUGUGAAUGACCUAGUUUAUUCAAAUAGCUUUACAUUCGUCUGAUUCACUUCUGAUAUAGGUAAUUUAUCAGUUCAAAAGUAUAUCAGAUUGAUCCGAGUUAUUUGUUUUAGUCUGGAGUUCAAAAUGAUAUCCCAGUUGCCUGCUUUUUCCAGAUACAAUCAAAUUCGAUCAAUAUAUUUUUGUCAAACAUUUGUUCAAAAGUUGUUUCUGGGUCAAGUACAUGUAUGCCUUUGAUUGCUUGUUAUCUUCUCGCCAAGGUCAAAAACAACAAAACUAAUGAAAUGUCAGUAGCACUAACAGUGCACUGAAAGGUUGAGGAAUGUGUAUCCUAGCUACGUACUAGUCCUCAGCACCGAGAAUCGCUGUUCCUCAAAACUGAGUAUUACGAGGUACUGAGCAUCUUGUAAUCCUGAAUUCUGAGUCCCUCCAUCGUUCCUCUGCAAGGACGGCUCUCUCCCGGUAUACCUGCAUACCAGUAUGUUUGUCAUGAGCUUAUAUGUGACCCACCGCAGCAAAACGAGUCGCAUGUCGCUUCGAGCUUGACAGGUUGAGACGGACUGGUUGUUCAUUUCACUAUUGUCUGCCUAUUAUGAAAUCUGGGUGUAUCAAUUUCUUAUGUCAUUUUAGGCUCCUCUUCUGUGCGACAUAUGACCCAUUUUGCGGUGGUGGAUCACAUAUUUGUAUUCGAAUCUAGAAAUACUGGGCCUACUGCGAACAGUGUUCAAGCAUCAUAGUUUGGCUAAGAUGACAAUUAUAAGCAAGAGGAUAAAACACUGGUACACAAGCAAAUCAAGUGUUCUCGGCUUGCUCACUGCAGCCUUUUUGAUGGAGGGUGUAAAUGUGACCCGCUCUACCAAAACUAGGCGCUUGUCGCAUCUGAACUUGACAGGUUGAUACGGACUUGUUGUUCAUUUCCCUAUUGUAGACCUUUGGUGAAAUGUAACCAAAUCAGUUUGUAAUAGAUGUGAAACUGUGAAACUUCGACUUUGUAUUCGCAAAGAUCCCUGAUCUGAUUGCCCACACAGGGGACCGAGGGACUUUAAACUCAGGAAUAGGAGAUGUAAGAAACUUGUAAUACUCUUAAUUUAGGAUUUUGAGCCUCCGGUGUGGUCCUGCCAAUAUGUUAAUGAUUUUUCACCCUGAUGCCUGGCUUGUUCAUUUUUUUUCAACCCGGUUCCUAUCUCUGUAGAGACUUGAUUUGAGUGUUAAAAUUUGGUGGUAAUUUAUUAAGCUAAAGGCAUCAUGUGACAGUGCGGGAAAUUUGAAUUUGAAAAACCGUGCGUAUACGGUCUGCGGUUGUGAAAUCAAACAUGGCGGACCGUGUAUGUACGGCUUACACCAAUGAGCUACAUUUGGGAAAUCUGGCAGUUCUAAAUGACAUUGUGUGAUGUAUUAUGAAAUAGAUGUACAUGUUUAAUACAUGUAGGCCACUACAAUGAAUUCAUGUCUUCAUUAUGAGUUGGUCUGCCUGAAUGUGGUUAACACAAAUAAUUUUUUUGACGUGGCCAUGUUAGUUUUAGUUGUUGCCUCUGCUGGUCAAAAGGUACAUCACGUUCUGUCAUUAUCUUCACAAAAUUUGCUGUUUUAUGAUUAUUGACUUCACUACAAAAGGUGUUCGAUGGGCAGUGUGAGGAGGAUAUGUGCAUUCUUGUAUAAAAAGAAUUCCAAGUCACAGAAUACUUUAUCUAAAGGCCUACGCUGUUCAUUGGAGAUUAAAAUUUGUAACUGAAUUUCAAAAUUUCCAGUUCCUAAAAAUGUACUAAAUAUAAAUUUUAGCACUGCCGUUGUGUCGACAGAUAUGGUAUUGUGUAGUACUGCAUUUCUAUUUUCCCGAAUCACCCGUAAUUACGAACUGCUUACCCCUUUAAAACCUUCAGCGCCGAACCACGUACAUCUGCGUGGCCCAAAUCCCCCCUCUAUGAGCUGGUUAUCGGAGUCUCGUGGACUUCAUGAAAGAACUACGCCAUCGCCAUCUUCAGGGCAAGGUGGGAACUGAAAAGACCAAACCACUGAAAAACAAAAUAAAGCUGUUCCCAACACCGGGAAUUUUUAGGGGGAUGGGGGGUGGAAAAGGGGGUCAUUUUUGGUCAUUUUUCAACCAAAAAAUAAAAUAUAGUAAAGGAGUGUAGCUAUUAACUCUAUUGAUUCAAGAAGACCCUUGUCUUGGAGCAGUUGCUGCAGAAGACCUUAUACAGCCAUCUCUUAUACUUUUUUUCUUCUGGGGGUGAAACAACGACGUGGAAGGUGUUAACGGGAAUGCAGUGAUUUGCUUACAGAGAGAGGAAAGGAAUAAAAAAACUGUCUUCUACAAACUUGGCAUCUUCCAACACCCACACCAAACACAUCUAAAAGACUGUUGUCUGUUGUAGCCUAAUAAACCGCACAGGUUAACCCUCUAGUCUACCAACCAUUGACGAAACCUAGAAAAAAAGGCAGGAUAGUUUGAAACAUCUUAUAAAAUCUAUGCACUCAAUGACAAAAAUUUGAAAAAUUAUGAAUAAAUUGUGAAAAUUUUGUACAUUAUUUAAAUGGUUUAACAAGUCGAUUUUGCUUAGUGCUUUUUAUAUGCCCAUUGCCAAUGAUAUGUUAGCAUGCUUUGCUUUAUAUUAUGAGGUCGAUAUUUAAUACCAGAGAAUAAGCCUAGCGAACAGCCGAUUUUGUUGCGGCACAUGACCUUAGGAUAUGCUGCAAAGGUUACGUUUUAACGUCUAAACAAGGAAGAAGAUCACCCCAGAGGCUUAUAUAACAUCGUGGGCUGAGCGCAAAACUGUUGUAACUGACAAAUUUAAAAAAAAUGAGUUAGCCCCAGAAAUCAAUGCAAAAACAUCAUAUCUACAAUAUUAUUGUGUUGAUUAGUGCUGCCUUCUAUCAUACGCCCCUAAACUACCAAUGUAAUACUAUUGUAUCUGCAGAUUACAGGAAAACAUGAGUGCAAAAACAUUGUAUCUGCAUUCAAAAUGGCUUCCUCAAAACAAAAGAGGCUGAUGACUGCUGAUGAAGUUCAAAUCUUUGAAGUCAUUUUCCUCAAAACCAAAGGAAGUGUAGAUACAACAGUUUUGCACUCAGCCCACGACAUGUAAUUACCACAAGUUUAAAAUAUCUGACAUCAUGGUACUGUAAACCGCAAGUUUUCGUGGGUCAUGUUAUUUUUGCGCAUUUUAGGAACAGCCUCAGUUCGUAAAAAUACAACUCGCAAAAGAACAUUUGUUGGUUCGAAAAACCAAAAAGUUAUUUCAUAAUCCGCCAAAAUGAAAAUUGUGAAAAUUUUGUGAUUCGCAAAAAUAGGUGCGGAAAUUUGGUGGCUUCAGCAUCUUGGCACACAAGGCUCUUGAGAUUAGAAUGUCCUGUCUGACUGUUACUUACUGGAAGUUGAUAAGCGAACAUUGCGUGGCUACAUUGAAAUGAACAGAUUUAUGGUUGGCUCAACACAUGUUUUAGACAAAGGUGGCUGUGUCUAUUCAUACGAACACCGAAGAUAUUCCUGUAAGGUUAUUUUUAUGUCAGUUUUGGCAUGCGCAUUGUGGAAAUUCCAGCAUUUUGCAUGCUGUGCCGAACCAGCUCCUUCUAUACAAACCCACUUCUUUCAUGAACAUGUACACAUAGUUUGUAUGCUACAUGGCAACGUCCCUUCUUGGAUAAUCCUAAUAAAAUGAAAUAUCCUCACGCCUUCCGACCUUUUGAUGUGCAUGCACUGUUCUAUAUUACUGUAAAAACAAAUGAUUAUUAUAUUUUCAUCACACAAACUUGGAAUUAUCACAGCAAUUUCUCAUGUAAAUUUGAUGAAGUUGGUUGUCAAGGUAGGUGAGCUGAUUGCGAAGUCGCACUGUGACCUGUCACAGCCAAAACAGGCGCACUGAGCUUGGCAGGUUGAGACGGACUGGUUGUUCAUUUCACUGUUGUCUGCCUUAAAGUGAAAUUUGAGUACAUCAAUUUCUUCCAAUAUCUCCUGGUGUCAUAAAGGCUCAUCUACUGUGCAACAUGUGCCUCGUUGUGCUGUGUUGGGUCACAAAUGUCAUCAUUCUUCAAAUAAACAUGGCAAAGUUGCAUUUUCGUAUCCGUACCAGGCGUCUGUUACCAUCCCUCAUGUUAGAAUAGUCUGCAAGGAAAAGUUCACAGUCAUGUGAUGUAAGAAUACCGGUAUACCCACAGCAAUUCACAAAAUUAUUCACUCAUGUAUCCUGUAUUCUUCUUCCCCCAAGGAAAUUCAUUUUCACAUUUAUUGAGGCAUUUUUCUUAUCAUCUCCGGCUUUAAUGCCUGGAUACGCUCUUAUAAAAUUCACUUUUCUUCUAUGUGUAAUGUGAAUGUUUAUUUUGUUGUUAAUCAUGUUGUAAAUAAAGUUGUAUUAAAUAUAACUAAAUGGUACAUGCAU